AUGACUGAAUUAUUCAAACCUGCACCUGAGCCACCUACCGAAUUAGGACACCUCAGAGUUCUUUCUAAAAGUGCGGGCAUCAGAGUUUCACCGCUCAUCUUGGGGGGAGCUUCAAUCGGCGAUGCAUGGUCAGGCUUUAUGGGCUCUAUGAAUAAGGAACGGGCAUUUGAACUGCUUGAUGCUUUUUACGAGAUGGGAGGUAAUUUUGUUGAUACUGCAAACAGUUAUCAAAAUGAACAGUCAGAAACAUGGAUAGGUGAAUGGAUGAAAUCAAGAAAACUGCGUGACCAAAUCGUUAUCUCUACCAAGUUUACCACAGACUACAAGGGCUAUGAUGUAGGCAAAGGGAAAAGUGCCAAUUUCUGCGGUAAUCACAAGCGCAGUUUGCAUGUGAGCAUCAGAGAUUCUCUUCGCAAAUUGCAAACUGACUGGAUUGAUAUUCUUUAUGUUCACUGGUGGGAUUAUAUGAGUUCUAUCGAAGAAGUUAUGGAUAGUUUACAUAUUCUUGUCCAGCAGGGCAAGGUCCUCUAUUUGGGUGUGUCUGAUACACCUGCCUGGAUUGUUUCCGCAGCAAAUUAUUACGCUACAUCUCAUGGGAAAACUCCUUUUAGUAUCUACCAAGGUAAGUGGAAUGUGUUGAACAGAGACUUCGAGCGUGAUAUCAUUCCAAUGGCCAGGCAUUUUGGUAUGGCCCUUGCUCCAUGGGAUGUUAUGGGAGGCGGAAGAUUUCAAAGUAAAAAGGCAAUGGAAGAGCGAAAGAAGAAUGGAGAGGGUCUGCGUACUGUUUCUGGUACUUCUGAGCAGACGGACGUGGAGGUUAGAAUUAGUGAAGCAUUGGCUAAUGUUGCUGAGGAACAUGGCACUGAAUCUGUCACUGCUAUUGCCAUUGCCUAUGUCCGUUCCAAAGCAAAAAAUGUUUUCCCAUUGGUUGGAGGAAGAAAAAUUGAACACCUCAAACAGAACAUUGAGGCUUUAAGUAUUAAACUGACACCAGAACAGAUAGAAUACCUAGAAAGUAUUGUUCCUUUCGAUGUUGGGUUUCCCAAAAAUCUAAUAGGAGACGACCCAGCUGUCACCAAGAAGCCUUCAACUCUCACAUCAAUGUCUGCCAGAAUUAGCUUCGAUGAUUAG